GCUCAAGGAGGAUGCUGAGUCGAAGACGGAGAACUUCGACCCCUGGGCCCUCGCCGCGCCCGACGGCGCGCAGGUGCUCCUGCGCUACCUGCGCAGCAGGAGCGACCAGCAGGAGACGCUGAAGGUCGGCGCGCUGGUGGGCGACUUCGUGGAGAAGCUCGCCAUGGGCGAGUUUCUGAACAAACACCUGGAGGCCUUCCUUGAGAAGUUGCGAGUGGGCGGCGACGUGGAGAGCCAGAUCAUCACGGGCGCUGGCGACGAGCUGGUCUACGAGAAGCUGCGCGGCUCCGCCGAG